AUGCGAUAUCUUCAACUUGCCAUUGCCUCAUUGGCUUCAAUUGUUGCCGCCACUUCAUCUUUUGACACUUGGGCUCACGGCCGAGUUGCUCUAAAUGAUGUCAGCAUUCACUUUCGCUAUGCUGGUUCAGGACCUCCUCUUCUUCUUGUUCACGGAAACCCCCAACACAGUCUGACAUGGCAAUUCAUCGGUCCUAUCCUCGCCCAGAAUUACACUGUUAUCGCCCCAGAUAACCGUGGCGCUGGCGAUUCAAGCAUCCCCCCGGACGGUAAUUACACUGCAGCUGCUUCAGCCGAUGACCUCAAGGGUGUUUUGGACUUUUUGAACAUCACAUCUGCAUAUGUCUUUGCUCACGAUAAGGGCGUCGGUAUGGCAACCGCUCUUGCAAUCAAGCACCCUGAUCUCGUAAAAAGACUGGCUUUGGCAGAGUAUGCCCUUCCCGGGUUCUCCUAUGAGCAGGCUGCAACCCCAGCGCCUUACUGGGACCUUUACCAGAACUGGCAACUGGCAUUCUUCCAGGUCCCCGACUUGGCCGAAUUUCUCAUGUCGGGUAAAGAAAAGCAGUUUCUCCAAUGGUACUUCUACCACGGAAGCUACUCUGGCGUCGAGAGUUUCAGUGAGGAGACAGUCAACAGAUACACCAGCAGUAUCUCCAAGCCAGGAUUUCUCAGGGCAAUGCUUGGUCCCUUCUCUAGCUCAACUGUCUACCAGGACGCGAAUUUCUUCAAGGUUUCUCUGAACAACACCUCAUUGAGUGUACCUCUACUUGGUAUGGGAGGUGAGGCAAGUUUGGGGCUCAAGGCAGACCUGCUGCAGACUUAUAAGCCAGUUUCUUCAAACCUUGAGACCGACACUAUCCCCGAAGCAGGACACUGGAUUGCCGAUGAAAAUCCCAAAUGGACUGCGAAGCGUGUGGCAAAGUUCUUUGGUCAAGAUGACAAACAGCUGUCGGAAAUUGAUCUGGGAUAUUUGGAAAAUUUGGUUACCCUUGAUGUUGGCUUUUUUGGUACCAGGAGGAAUCUCGCGCUGGGUACUCAGUGA